UGAUUUAUCUUGCCCGCUCGCUAGCCAUAUAAUAAGCGUUGUUAAAGCUCCGCACUUGUAAAAAGCACUACUAAGUAAGUUUACGACACAGCCAACCAAAUGGCAAAUACUUCAUCGAAAGAAGAAGUGAAUCUCUUGAAAGAAAUCGGCCAGGGAUCUGACGCCGUGGUGUACAAGGCCGUCUGGAAAAACAGACAAGUUGCAGCGAAGAAACUUCACAACUACUUGUUAGAGAAGACCGAUGUAAUACAGAAAUUUAAAGAGGAGUGGGAAUUGUUAAGCGGUCUAAAUCACCCAAAUAUCGUGAAAUAUCGUCCAGCUGCUCAAGAUCUGGUGAAGGCGCUCAGCGUCUUCAAGGAAAACAAAGAUUUUCAUCGAUCACAAGAUAACCUUCAGCGCAGGCCGAUCCAUCGUGUUACCGCUGGCCAGUAUGACUACGAGUUCAAAGUUGUCAUGGUUGGAGACCAGGGAGUCGGGAAAACGAGCAUUGCAACUAAGUUUGUCAGGCCCAAUCUUCCAUUUCAAGAACAUAUGCCGAUGACCAUUGCUUGUGGGGAGUACAACGAGCGUCUUCAGCUCAAGGGCAAGUCUAUUCUGCUUCAAAUUGUUGAUACAUCAGGACAGUAUAACACUACGAGUUCACUUCCGCAGCUGUACAGAGGGGCUCAUGGAGCCGCUGUUGUUUUUGACGUGGGCUCGUGGGAUUCUCUUGUGAAUAUUCGCGAAUGGGUGUCCAUGGUGCGGGGGAGAUGUGGAAGUGAGAUACCUAUCAUCCUCGUGGGAAACAAAACGGACAGUGAACCCAGGGAGGUGAACUUUGAAACAGCGGAAAAUGUGAGUCUCGAAUUCAAUCUCUUUUACAUUGAGGUAAGCGCCAAAACCGGUGUAAACAUCGAAGAGACAUUUUCUGUGUUAACAGAACAGUUGAUGCAACAGAGAGAUCUGGGCUCUGCUUCUUCGCCUUCUUCGUCUACUCCGUCUACGAGCGCAGCUUCCAGUCUGCCGAGUUGUUCUCCGCGGCGCUAUGAACCUCCUGCACAAAUCACGACCAGGGAACAGGUCCCGCGAAAGAGAAUCGAAAAAGACCCUGAUAGUAUCAGUUUGAAGCAAGAGGACAAGAGUGUUAGCACUUCUCCCUCUCUGUCUACGAGUGAUGUUUGGAGUCUGCUGAAUACUUCUCUGCGAACCUUAAACCCCCUUCCACGAAUCACAGAACUGUUGAUGCGACAAAGAAAUCUGUGGGAUUCUUCUUCAAGUAGCGUGAUCAAACUAGGCGACAAAAUCGGUGAUGGAUCGUACGGCGAGACUUUCAAGGCCGUGUGGCGUGGAAAGCAAGUCGCUGCCAAACAAAUUCUCCCUAUCUUCUUCGAAGGAGAUCACGACGGCAGCAUCAGAGCCGCUUUCUUGGAAAAGUUUAAAUCGGAGUGGGAAAUACUUCGCAGCCUUCAACACGACAACAUUGUGCAGUAUUACACUGUAAUUGUCCCUCCUGCUCCGGAGACGCCGAUCAUUGUCACUGAAUUGUUAGAGUGCGACUUGGCUAAGUACCUUCGAAGAUCGAAGGGUAAACCGAAGGUGUCCUUCUCGGAAGUGAUUAAAUUGAUGCUGGGGGUCGCCAAGGCUUUGCAUUACUUGCACUCCCUUGAACCUCCGAUCGUUCAUCGCAAUUUGGCCAGCAGAAAUGUUCUGCUAACAAAAUCGAUGGAUGCCAAGAUUGGAGCCUUGGGUAUGGCGAGAGCUUUCGCACAUGGUGCAAUGUACGUUACACCGGUACACGGUAGGCCAGUGUAUGCAGCUCCAGAAACAUAUCCUAAGAGGUUCGGCAGAAAACCGAGAUAUAGCGAGAAAAUCGACAUAUUUUCCUUUGGAGUGUUGACAUUGGAGACCAUUGUUGGUCAUCUACCGAACCGUGUUUUGCCUGACCCUGUUCUCGAAGACGGGGUAAUUGUCCCGGAGUACAUUCGUCGGAGUGAAGACUUGGAAGAAAUGGGUCCGGACCAUGCACUCCAUAAUCUUGUCAUCCAGUGCCUCGAGACCGUCCCCGAAGACAGACCUAGUGCUGCUGAAAUCAUAGGGACCCUGCGGAAAUUCAGCACAACUGUGGAAGGAAAAUCCUCAGAGAAUGAACUGGGAAAAGACUCCGAGAUGACAACGCCAAAGUUUAAAGAAAACCAGGACAGCAUCGAAGGAAUCGUGAAUUAUGAAGAAAACGUACUUAGGAAGGACUCCGAGGUGACAAGGCCAACAUUUAUCGAAAGCCAGGACAGCGUCGAAGGAAUCGUGAAUUAUGAAGAAAACGUACUUAGGAAGGACUCCGAGGUGACAAGGCCAACAUUUAUCGAAAGCCAGGACAGCGUCGAAGGAAUCGUGAAUUAUGAAGGUGGGACAUUGCGGCUUGCCGAGGACGUUCAACUUAUUUGCCCAAAUGGUGCCAUAAGCAAGUCGGACGAUCGCGUGGCCAUCAAAGUAGUUCUGGAGAAGCCUUCUACACACUGUGAUAUGAUAGUCAAAAAUGGACUUGAGAGUGAAGUCAUGUUCAUUGCACCCGUCAUCAAUUUGCAACCAAAUGGUCAAGUGUUUAAGAAACCGGUUACAUUGCAGACCAAGUUAACAACUGAAACAGAUGCUUUCCGGCCAAGCGACGUUCUGGUUUUGCAUGGCACACAAGCUAGAGACGGAAAGAUCGUUUGGGAAGAUGUCACCCAUCAGGCCAAAAUUGAUCUACAAAAGAGAGAACUGAAAGUUGAAACGAACCGAUUCUCUCGAAUAGCAGCUCUGCUGAGGUUAACUUCGAUAUUAGCCAAAAAUGUAGUCACCAGGCUGAACCUUUGGGGAUUCCACUACACGUUGUCAGUGCUUUUUAAAGACAACCAUCCACAUUCACCCCUUGGUGAACUUGCCCUAGUGUUCAUGAGCCACGACAUCUACCACGAGACGUGUUACAGAGAACACCCUUCUUCUGUUUUGAUGCAGCUUAAGGGCAACGGAUAUGAGGAAAUGUGCUCCAUAGACAGACCAGAGAGCAAUCGCAUCUACAACAAUGAAAAUCUGAAGGUUUCUCUUUACCUUGGGCAGGACUAUGAGCUAACUGAUGGACAGCUAGAAAGCACCGUCGAAGUAGAUUCUUCAACUUGGUGGAGCACCGGACAUGUCAUAAAAUGGUCCCUAACAGGUACCGAUGGUGUCAGGAUCCUGUGCGGAAAGAUAGGAAUUGAAGGCCAAUAUGGGCAUAUCCUGAUGGAAACCUUCUGUGGAUUAGAUACUGGCGAAUACGUAAGGCGACUGUUAAGACUUGAGGGGUCCAUUUUAAACCUCGUACCAAUUGCCCGAAAGCUUGAGGUCCCGGAAGAAGCAGUGACCGAAGCCAUUAAGUCAUGGCAGAAAGAUGAAGAGCAACUGAAAAUAAUUCUCCAACACUGGUCGAAGGGACAAGAAGAGCGCUGCAAGGAAGAUCCUGCGAUGUUGAGGAACACUCUUCAAGGACUCAAUUCAAAAGACUGUGAAGUGGAUGAAAGAGGGAUGAUGCAUAUCAACCAUUUGAGAGAACUGGCCUUUGAAAUCCAAAGCUUGAAUCGCGAGGAUCCGCAUCUGAUGGAAUACUUCCGCAAUCAAAUCAGAACUCUCUGCCGCGAUUUCGUUUUAAAAGAUUGUUGCAUUGAACUGGAUGCAGACGUCUCUGUAGAAAACUACCCACGUUUUCUUUCCAUCCGUCAACAAGUCACCGAAGAUGUUGCCUUGAAGUUGGAGACGAUUUGCUCAUCUUCAGCGACAUCCAUCAAUGAAGAUUUCUUCUCCAUUGUCCCCUUUCUCAUUCAAGCCAUCAAAGACAUUUUCCGUAAGGAGAAUCACCAAGUUAAGCAGAAUGGAUUAAGAGGAUUGCCUAAAGAAAGUGUUAGCCAACAUGAGUCUAAAGUUCGAGACGCUUUUCGAAAUAAAGACAUUUUCAGGCUCGUGUACGAAGUGUGUCGAGUUCUUGAGAGUUUGUGUCUCAACAAUUGCGACAAGCAUUCAACUGAAGAGAUUGAAAAUUGGAGCGAAAGUGUAGGGAUUUGGAAUAUGGCAAAAUUCCUAAAGAAAUUUUUCCAGAGCCGCCAAGAUGGUAAAUUGCACAAGAGAUUAAAGCUCUUUUCGCGCUCCCUGAGAAGAAUCUUAGAAGAUGUUGGUAAAAUAAAGGAGAUUGAAAUGCGUUACUUUUACAAUUUUUCGCUUAAUCUGAUCAAGUUUGCGACCUUUGAUCCGUCCAAACUGGUCAGAUUUGAAAUCACUGACAGUGCUAAUUCCCCAGUGACCUGCUAUAGCGAGGCUAUCAAGUACGACAGGCCACAUGAUACCUUUUCUCAACAGUUCGAGAUCAAAAAAGAGUCUGAAGACGAACUGGAGCUUGGAGCGACUGCACGUGUUCACCUGGAUGGGCGAAUUCGCAGGGUUGGAGCGUUUGAAUCGGUGAUAGUGCUGCCUUCAUCGAGCGAGGAAGAGCUCGAUCGGUUUCCGAUAAGUACGCUUCCUGUGGCAGUCAAAACAGAACGAACAGGCUCGGGAAAUCUCCGAGUAGUUCUUUCUUCGACACAUAAGAAGACCAUCUCAGAGGCAUUGUGUGUCCUCCAAAGAGAAUUGGGCGAUGACAUUGUGGACAGGGGACAGGUUGAGAUCGCAGAGUCUCGCCUAAAGGUGCGUUGCUCUUUCGAGGCAGUGGGAUUGGUUAGGCUACGAUUGCUGUACAAGUGGCGGUCAGAAGCAAUUUCUGUGGAAAGCAAACAUUUCGAGGCUAUCGGCGAUUCAUCUGCUACAGAUCCUUCCACAUCAGCCUCAGAUUCAGGCCUGUCAGUUGCAAAUUCAAGUAAUCCAGUGGAGGCAGCUGAACUGGCUGCCCUUUCCAUUGCAAGCCGUUUAGGUGACAACGAUGGAAACUUUGUUAUGGAUCCGUCGGCAAUUGAGAUAACAGAGACACAUGCGCGUCAACAAUGUAGUCACUUUGGUAAUCUUUUCAAAGAGCUUCAUUUGCAUCAGACUUUCCAGAAAGGUCAGGUGUGUGUGGCUGGAAAGAACACUAGUCUUCAUAUGAACGCACCUAACACUGCUCAACGCUCCCUUCAGGUGGGACUGUGUGCUCCUUCGCAACAGAGUAUAACUGCAGGACCAAGUUCAAAUGAACGAGCAGUUUCUGAGCCACAAAAGAACCAGUCAAUCGACGUGAAGAAAUAGAAGAUUAGAUAACCUGAACAACUGCAUAAAUUCGAUAGGUCAAAAUUUGCUAGAUUUCUGCUCAUCAAAAGCGACAUGAUUGACUUAGAAUGGGUUUUUCUGCGCGUAUGUUUUUAAUGUGUUUUAAUACACUGCUUUGUGUAGGUUAGAGAAAUGCAGAAUAAGUUUAAUUUUACAAAUUACAAUUACAUUCAAUGUGAAAAUGUCUGGGAUAUUUUAGUGAGGACAAAUUCUUCAAUGUACUACCUUGAUCACAGCUUAUCGUAAUUAUGGCACUGGAAUACUGAAAAGAGCCGUUUUAAGUUCUAAAUUUUUCUUGUAUUUUUCGUGAGUUUCUGAUUUUACUCGAUCUAGUAGGCUGUCAAUCUAGGUCAUAGAAUAUACUAGGUUUCAAAAUAACUCUUUUUAUUGCAACUGUUUCAUUAGACGUGAGAAUUGUCCUCUCUUGACAUUCAGAUGACCUGCACCUCUUUAAAACUUUUAUUUUGAUUCGUUCUUGUCAAUCUGAACCUCUUUUGUUUUUAGGGCUAGGGGCAUUGUUUGUGUUGUAUACCUAUUGUUUCGUUUGGCCAAUCAUGAAGACCCUUGUAAACGGGGCAGGUUGGCCCUUGACAUUGUCGAACAGUGGCAUUUUUACAAUAACUGAAGAAAUUCUCGCGCGCUCAUUGGCUAAUUUUCACUGUCAACAU